CUUCGCUCUCCGCUCUAGCCUGAGCGGGAGGGGAGGCGGUGCUUUUGUAAGUACGACACUUCCGGUUGAAAAUUGGUAGGUAGCAGAUGGCGGAGACGUUUUUCGACCUGGGCUGGAGGCGCUUUUGCUCAAGGAGAAGGGGCGGGCUCCGCUUCGUGUUUCGCCUUCUGCCCCCGUGCCUCCCUCUACACGGCGGCCCCCAACGCGGAUGCCCAAAGCCCCUCUUCCUUAACUCUUUGGACUUCAGGCGGAAGCAGGAACAGUCGGGAAGGGCGGCCGGCGCGCACGCGCAGCCGCGCAAGGCAGCUGGAGACCCGUAUUUCCGGGUUCUCCGGUUGCCAAGAUGGCGGAGAGCGAGGCGUACGAGUCGGUGCUGUGCGUGAAGCCGGAGGUCCACGUCUACCGCGUGCCGCCGCGCGCCUCCAACCGGGGCUACAGGGCUGCAGAAUGGCAGCUGGACCAGCCGGCCUGGAGUGGCCGGAUGCGCAUCACGGCCAAAGGGAACGUGGCUUACAUCAAGCUGGAGGACAAGAAUUCAGGAGAACUCUUUGCCCAGGCACCCGUGGACCAGUUUCCCAGCAUUGCUGUGGAGGGCGUGACAGACUCCAGCCGCUACUUUGUCAUUCGGAUCGAGGACGGGAACGGGCGCCGGGCGUUCAUUGGCGUCGGCUUUGUGGACCGAGGCGACGCCUUUGACUUCAAUGUGGCGCUGCAGGACCACUUCAAGUGGGUCAAGCAGCAGAGUGAGCUGGCCAAGCAGGCCCAGAACCCAGACCAGGGCCCCAAACUGGACUUGGGCUUCAAGGAGGGGCAAACCAUCAAGCUCAACAUCGCGAACGUGAAGAAGAAGGACGGCUCCUCUGGGAGCAGGCUGCGAGCAGCAAGCUCAGGGGGGCCCAGCCUCAUCCCGCCCCCUCCAGGAGGCAAGGCGUCCUUCGGCCCUCUGCCCGGGGAGCAGCUUCUGUCGUGCCCUGCAGAGUCCGUGGCAAAUCUCGGCCAAGCAGAUGCCUCCGGAUCAUGGCCGCCUCAGCCCCCAAGCUCCACCACAGAAGCUGCUGCUGACAUCUGGGGAGACUUCACUAAAGCUUCUGGGUCUGUCUCUGGCCAGAGUCAGCAGAGCUCCGGCUGGGUCCAGUUCUAAGCCGGCGGGGGCCUCUCGUGCUUCUCUUGCCGGAUGGCCAAGGAGGGAUCCUCUGCCGUUUUCGUUGUGGACCAAAGAAGCCUGGGUCAAGGAAGGCGCUCUCGGCAUGCUUUGAGAGAUCCCUGCUCAGGACACGUUCACUUUGGGCAUGUGGGGGAAGGGAAGUGGGGGGGGGCUACGCAAGUCUUCCCUCCCCCCUCCAAAGAAGUGUACGCUUGGGGGGAUUCCAUACACUGCCCAGAAGAGGGGGCUUCUUUCUGCACUCAAAUUGGAGCUGGUGACAUUGGAUGCCUGGAGGGGGGAGAGCAGCGGCCACCAGCCUUGGUUGCAGAGAUGACCCUGGCAAAGCUGUUGCAUCUCAAAGGAAGGUUCUCGCCUUCCGUCUGGACUGCUGCCCCCCUCCCCCCACCUCUCCCCUCCCUGUCCCGUGGAAGAGAAGGGGCAGAAUUCCUGUUGCAGGAGAGGGGUUGUGGUAGAUUUCCUGCGUGUGUGUGGUGUGUGAUCUCUGGAAUGCACUGUACAGCCAGGGUGUGUGUGUGCGUGCGCGGGAGAGACACAGCUCAGAGGAGUGUCAUGGGAUAGCUGAUGAUCCCGAUGAGUGGGAUCCAUCUGGACCCAAGCAGCUGCAGCUGCAGCCCCUGGCAGGAACAGAUUGGGGGGGGGGGGCUCUUUCCGUGACCAAUGGCACGCGCGCACACACACCACUCUCCUCGGCUGGGUUAUGGCUGCGAAUGUAAACCAGGCUUAAACCUGUGGGGCAUUCCUUCCUGAAGUGCCACGUGCGGAAUGUCUUCCUGCUGGGAGCGAGAGCAGCUGGGCCUUCGACGGUCAGGCAGUAGAGCUGGCUGCCGAGAGCCCUCGUGGGCUGCCUGGGCGGUGGCUGCCUUCCACCUCGUCCCCCCAGGAUGGCUGCCUUGUGCUGCUCGGUGUUGUGAAGUGCCUCUUCCUCCCUCUCUCCCUCCUCCUCCCACAGAGCAGUCAGUAGCCGGAUCUCUCAGGCAGACGUCUCUUGGGUGUGAAACUCCUCCCAUUCCUUAUGUUGUGUCAUUAAACAAACAAUAAUCCUAUUUUUGAAGAGAAUCCUGGGUUUUUCUCUUCAUUUUGCAGGAAUUUGGCCUGUGGCGCUUCAGAUGUCGUGAAGGACAAAAGCGUCUUCUGGGCCUCAUUGAGGAACUGGACUUGAACUCUCUUUUGAAAUACAGCUCUUAGACGGAGCACCCACCCACCCUUAACUAUUUAUGCCUAGGUAAAGGCCUUAAAACAAAGUGUUUUACUAUUAUGCAACUUUGUGACGUUUUUGCCUUUUGUAUUUUUGAGGUGGUUUAUGAGUAAAAUAUAUACUUGUA